AUGAGUGAUAUAAGUAGUGUAAGCGGAGAAACGGAUAGCUAGUUAGACAACAUGUUUCCCUAAGAUGAAGAAGAAGAUGUAGAAGGUUAAGAUAAGCCAAUUAACUCGAUAGCAAACAAUUUUAGAAAUAAUUAAAUGCAAAUUGAAAAUUCAAAAGAAGAAAGCGACUUAGACUUUGAUAGCGAAGAUGAUGAUAAUUAUGCAGAUGAUGCAGAUAGCGAUAUUUUUGAUGAUGAAUUAAAAGAUUCAAAAUUAAAAUAAUUGUCCAACGGAAACAAAGCUGAAUACAAACAAUCAAAUAAUAGAAAAGUUGAUUACGAUAGUGCAUUAAAUGAUUCAAAUAGCGUAAGCUAAUCCGGUAUAUAACUUAAAACUUAGAAUAGCUGCAAAAAGAAACCUAAAAAUUUAAGCAAGACCAAGGAAUAUAAUAGCUAUGGAAACAAAUAAAAUAAAUAGAAUAAGCACCAUUCAAAUCAGGACGAUUAAGAAGAAUAUGAUAGUGAAGAGCAUUAACAAGAUGAGGAUGAUGCCUUAGAGGAAGAAGAAGAGUCUUAAGGAGAGGAUAAUGAGAAGGAGAACUAAGAUGACUUUUACAAUGAAUCCUUCUUAUAGUCAAGUGAUAAUCUUGACAAUCGAGAAAACCUUGAUAAAUCAUCAGAUGAUUUAGAUUUAUCAUUCUCUAAUCAAACUAGUAGACAAGCCACAAGCUAACAGCAGUCAAUUGCAAAUGUUGCAAUAGGCAAAAGAAAGAAUUCAUUGAAAUUAAACUAAUUUACUAUGCUUGGAUCUCCUAGGGCUAGUAGAAAAAACUCAGAUAUACUUUAAAAAGAGAAUUCUAUGAUAUAAGUAUCGAAACCUUCUGACAAACUUAAAAAAUAAUACCGUAAAUACCAAGAACUAGCAUCAUUGAUACCAACACUUAGGUAUUUUGAAUGGUAUGAGACAACUGCAUUUUAAAAUAAGCUUUUGCCAAUUAAAUUUUUGACGGCAGCUUCGUUUUGGUUCAUGGUCUGUGCAGAAUACUUUCCAAGAAAAAUGGCUUACUAAAAAGAAGAAGAUAUUAUAAAGGAUUUAAGAAAUAGGAUAGAUAAAAUGUAUAUGGAAAUUAUAAACCGUACUGGAAAAUAAUAAAAUUAAAAAUCAAAUAGCAGCAAUAAUUUAAACCAAUUUUAAAGUGCUAGUAAUUUACAAAACGAUGAUAAAUCAGAAGACAGUAUUAUACAAGAAAAUGAAGAUCUUAAAACAUAAAAUGAAAGCGGAGGAGCAAACAAUCACUAGGAAGAAAAUACAAAUAAAGAAUUUGAAAUUAAUUAAAAUGAAGAUUCAAAACCUUAGUAUCAAGAAAAUAAAGAGAGCAAUUCAAGAGAAAAAUAGAAUAAAUUGAAUUUAGAUAUAAGUGUCGAAGGAGAAAAUUGUAGUAAUCAUUAAGAAUAUGAUCAGAAUAAUGAUUUUUAAAAAGAAUAAAUUUAAAAAGAUUAGCAAGUUAAUACAAAAGUUUUAGAUAAAAAUAAUAUAGAAAAAUAAUAUUAAACAGAAUAUAUUGAUGAAUAGCUGCAAUACACUUAAAGUAAUUCAUCUAGUUUUAAAAAGGCUCAAACAUAAUAUUAUAGUAAACUGUCACAACUCAUUUCUGAUAAAGAACCUUCUGCAUCCUCGAAAGAUAGAAGUAAAGAUAGCAACACUAAAUUAGGAGAUGACUAAGAGAGCUCUCAGAUAACGUGCUCUGAGUAAAACGGUAUUUUAUAUAAGAUCAAUGAAGAUAGCACUUAAUAGAUAAAUAUAGAAAAAGAAGCUAAAAAUGAAACUCUUAAAGAAGCGUUUGAAGAAGCAGUAACAGAGAAAAUCUAAGAAUAGCUUAACAAUUUAGAAUAGUUUAUAAAUGAUUUUUAACAAAAUAAUUUUAUCUCUUAAUCUUAAAUUUUAGAGGAAUCACACAAAGAAAAUCAAAUUUCUCACAGUAAUAAUUAGAAUUAAUAAAAGGCAGAGAUAAAGAACUAAGAUGAAAAUGAAAACCUCAAGAACGAACAAAAAAAUAGUUUGAAAAAUCAAUUAAAUUCGUUAGACAAAUAAAUAAAUUUUAUAAUAGAUUAAAAUUAAACCAAAGAAAUAAACCAAGUCAAAUUAAAUUACAUUAAUAAACACGCAUACACUUUUGAAGAUGAAGUUUAUAUUAUACAAAAUAGAUUAUUUCUCUUGGAGACAUUAAAUUACUUCUAAAUAAUGGAGGAGUCUUCAAAUGAAGAAAAAUUAAUUUAGUUAAAAAAUAUAGAGUUAGAAAAAAUAAUUAACCUCCUUAUCAUACGCUACUAAUAGCAGUAUGAGCAAAACAAUAAAGAGUUCGAAAAUUUAAAACUUAGAAUUAAAGAAGACUUUGAGCAAGAGAGAAGAAUUAAUGAUGUAUAAAGCUUAGAUUUUAAUGAUAUAUUAAUAGAUUUAAACACAAUGAACCCUAUAGAAAAAGAAUAUAUAAAAUUCUUAGAGUCAAAAUAAUAAUUGGAUUACAGCUAAUCAAUCUAAAUAAUGCAACAACAGUAAAAUAUUUUAGGAGAUUUACCAGAUUAGGCUAUUGUAGGGUAGCAAUCCUUAAAAUCUUAGGGUUCAACAAAGUAAGUUUUAAUUAAACAUAGUGAAGAAACUAGAUGCCAAGUUUGUAAUGAGUGUGAUUAUGCUGAUAAUGAUCUGAUCGUUUUUUGUUCAAGGUGCAACAUGUCAGUGCAUUAAAAGUGCUAUGGUAUUGCUUCUCUACCAUAAGAAGAUUGGAUAUGCGACGCAUGCAUAUCCUUUGGACCUAAUGCAAAGUAUUUAAGAUGUGCACUUUGUACUAAAAGAGGAGGAGCUCUUAAAAGGUCAAAAAUGCCUGUAAAAACAAACUUUUUUGAGCAUCUUAAUACAGAUUAUCACUCCUAUUUAAAAAAUCUCCCUGAAGAAUUCAGCGAUUAACCUGAAGUUUACGACACAUCACUUUGGGAAAAUGAUAAGAAGAGAAGUACUAACAAAUCUCCUCAAAAUGAUGAAAAUUAAGAAGAAACAGAACUCUAUUUUGAUUUUUAGUAUUAAAAUAAGGUAUAUCCACCUGAGGAAAUUCAAAAAUAUGAGCCAAAAUCAAAGAAUAUUUGGAUCCACCUCACUUGUGCUUUGUGGAUAUAAGAAUGCUAUUUUGAAGAGAGAUCCUCACUAAAUAUGAUUAGAGGAAUAGAAAAUAUAGAUAAGAAGAGAUUCUUGUUAACUUGUUUGAUUUGUAAGCAGAAAAAAAGUGGCUGCUGCAUUUAGUGUGCAAAAGGUAAAUGCUCUGCUUCUUUCCAUCCGGAAUGUGCUAGGAGAGCAGGACUUUCGCUUGAAGUACGACAUCUUGAAAAAGUCACUCACUUGGUGUUUUGUUAAAGACAUACUCCUUUAAAAUUGAGAAGAAUUCUUGAACAGAAAGAGAAAAAAUAUAAAGAUGAGAUUCAAAAAUUCUGCAGAUCUAUUGAAAAAUACAAUGAAACUUAUUUCAAUGAAUAUAAAGCCAAAGAAAAAUAGAAGGCAUUUAAGCCUUCUAAAACCCUGCUUAAAAAAGCACUUAAAGAUUAAGAAAGAGAAGAAAAAGAAUUUAUGAAACAAUUUAGCCUUUAUCUUCUGGAAACACCAUAAAAUAAUUUUGUAAUAAACCUCUCUAAAGAAUAUGAUGACUUUGAAGAAUCUAUAAUAGCCUAUCAUGUUGUAGAUAUUAACAGACCAAAAUAAUAGCAUUUAAGAACUUAGAUUUCUAAAAAUGACGAUAUUUGGAAAACAAUAGAAUUUAAUGAAUAUCCUCCAAUCCAUUUGUUUAAAUUAUAUAAAAAGCUCAUAAAAUCAAAAAAAGUAGAAUUUAAAAAUAUAUUUAAUAGCCUAAAGAGAAUCAAAGAUAAAGAGCAAGAAGAACUUUUUAUUAAGCAAUAAAAAUAAAUGAAAAAAGAAUAGUAAAUGCUGAAAAAGGAGAUGCUUCGUUAAGAAAAAGAAAAGAAGAAAAUGCUUUAAAAGCAGAAACAAUUAGAAGGUUUGAAUCCUCGUAAAAUUUUGCACACAGAGAAUGAUAACAUAGAAUCUAGCUAAAUAAACUAAACAAAUGAGUUAUCCUUUCUUGAUGACGAAACAUCAAAAAUGUAGCUAUCAUAAUCGAUUUAAUAAAUCCAAAGAGCAAUUUAACCAAAAAGAAAAUAUAAUAAGUAAAAAAAGAAUAAUAUUUUAGAAAACAAUGCAAGCAGCAAUGAAAAUGGGUAUUCUUACAUUCAAAAUGAAAGCAAUGUUAAUUAAUCUUAAAAUGGAGACUUAAGAUUUAAUCAGCAAUCUCAUCUAAAUGCUGAUACAAGUAACUAUAACUAAGAAAUAGAAAAUUCAAAUGCUUUUCCUGAUAUUGUAAGUGCCUCAAGUGAUUUUCCAUUAAAAUCUAAAUCAAAAGAUAAGAAAUCCUAAAAAAUUAAAGAAAAGCAAAAUGAAAAACAUAUAAAAAAUUAUAAAAAUAUUGAUUCACAGCAAAGCUUGGAUAAAUAAAAGAAUCUCAAAAAGAAAUUAAAUAAGCAUAGAUCGAAAGGUGAAUAUCAAUUAAAUUCCUAAGGUGAAGAAUAAUUUGUCUUAAAUAAAAGUGCUAAAUCAGUGUAAGGUGAAGACGAUGAUGAAAAGCUUUACUGUUAUUGCCAAAAGCCCUAUAAUGAAGGUGAAUUCAUGAUAUAAUGCUAAAAUUGUGAAGAGUGGUUUCAUUUUGAAUGUAUUGGGUAUAUUGGAACUGAUACAGAGGCUGAAGAUAUUGAUUUUUUUUGUAAUGAAUGUGAUGUAGAUGGUAAAUUAUUUUAGAGUAAAGAAGAAUAUGAGCGCUUCUUUGAUCCUUAGCAAGCUCUCUACUCUACCUACAAGCAGCUAAAAAAUAAAAUCACAACUCCAUCUUUCAGGUAAAAGCUUAUCUUGGAACGUAAAGACUUAGCUUCUGCAAAUAGUAUUCAUAGUAGUACUAACUUAAAAAGCGAAAAGAAGAAAGAUAAAAAAACUACUAGUGGUUUAUAAGAAAAUGAAUCUAAUAGCUUAAGCAAGAGCAAGGCAUCAAACACAGCAAAUAGCUCAUAAGAUUUGGCAAAUAAAAAAUUACAAAGUAAUGAAUAGGCUCUUUUAUCGUAGCUUAUUUAAAUAAGUGAAAACUAAAUGAAAAAGCAAUAAGAAAAAUCUAAUGGUGUAAUGGAGGUUGAGCUUGUCAACCAAUAAAUUCCCAAAAAUAACCAUAAUGAUUAAGAUAAAGAACUUUAUGAAGAAUUAUAAGAGAGUUUUAGUGAUAUUAUGAAUUCUAGUUAAGAAGAAAAUAAUAGAAUAGAAAAAACUAUUUCAAUAGAAAAAGAAGAUAAUGAGGAGGAAAGUUUAGAAUUAUUAUAUGAAGAAUUCACUGAUUCAUAUAUUAAAUAAAAUAACAUUAUAUUAGAAGAAGUUAGUACGAUUAUUAAAUUAAGAAAAUUAGAAGAUGGAAGCAUAAUUCUGGUAGAAGAUUAGAAUAUAUAACCUUAAGAAUGA